CGACUCAGCCGUCAGUCGUUGUUCUUCAGCCAAGGUUCCCCCCAGCUUCAUAUCCUCCUUUCCUACUAGCUCAGCUAUGUCUACGGUCGCUGUGUUGCUUAGCAACGACGGCGCUUCCUCGCCGACAGAAUGGGCCAUCGCCAACGGCGCACUGGCCACUAUCGUCAGCAACCCCGUCAGUGAGCGAAAUAAGUGCAGUUCUGCAAACGAACUAAAGUCGGCUGAAGGCUACUGAAGCCAGAUGCUGACCCGGGUAGCGUUCCCGCCACUGUGACAGCCACUGACAUGACGAAAACCACCGUACCUGGUGUUGCUGUUACAAAGUUCGUGUAUAUGUGUCUCCUUACCGUUCGUUUUUUUAUUGCGCCUAAUAGUAUUUCUGCAUAGAAGAAGACCGAAUUAUUAGGAUUUCGAACGAGGGAAACACCAACAAAGUAUGAAAGGUACAAGUUGAUGUGAGUGUAGCUGAAAGUUGUUAAGAGGACCGGUUAACGUUUCAGCGUAAUGUGGGCGCUUGCAAGUUAACGAUGCUUAUUGGUACAAGUGGAGAAGAACACUUUGGAGCUGCUGUACAUCACGUCGUGCUACAUAGAUUGAAAUGAAUAGUAGGUGUAAAGUUGUGGAAGAUAAGAGAGUCAGAAAAAGAGGAGCUGUCAUAAUCCUCAGUUGUCAUGUUUAUUGUGUGUGAGAUGGGCAAUCGUUAACAAACGAUUGCCCCAUAUCCUGCAAAGAAGCGUGGUGUCUCUUUUCUGGUUCUUAGCUCUCGUGAGUACAUGCCUGCUAUAAGCCUACAAAAUAAUACCUAGCGGAUAUAUAGAGACUUCUUGUGUAGAAAUUCACUCUGCAGAGCUCCAACAUUAUUUCUGCUUACCAGUCCUUCGAUGUGCUGGACUUCGUAUCGAAUUGUUGCCACCAGAGUGGUGCCCCAGUGCAAGGGUCCCUGAAGCCUCGUGUGAAAUCUGAGGAUAAUCUAUUGUUAAAUAAGGCCUUUGAAUGGUAGAACCAACAAGGCAAGAGCAUUAAUAAGCUCAUAUUGCUUGAGGCUUAACCCUCCGCCAGACGUUUGGGGGCACACUGAUACCUAUUAUAGUCCCCAUCUUGCAUAGCAUUGACGAAGCUGCCGCCCACGACCCACAAGUGGCUUAAACAGCAAAAUGGACGCCCGGGCCCGUUUUCUCACUUUCUUGACAUUCCUAAUCUCGUGCCUGGCUAUUUGUCUACUCUCGGCGUCGUUGCUAACCCACAACUGGCUCGUGGCCAAAGUUCGUAUGGUGCGGGACACCACUAUCGACUCGGUGUUUUUAGAACAGGAAGGUGUUCACCCGGUAGACAAUGAUAAAUUUCAUGGAACCGUACAAUUUGGAUUGUUUUACGGAAAGAAGGUGCUCAACUACGGAUACGGACCCCGAGCAACCGGAUUUUCAAUGAAGGAAGUUUUCCGAGCUGACCCCGAGUUGAUGCACUAUCCUUUGUAUAUCUGCACAGUGGUCGGUAUAGCGUUCGCUCUUUUCUUCACAAUUAUCGGCUCGGUCCUUUCCGUUGUCAAUUCGGUGAUGACACCUGUCGAAAAAAUCAAUGGCGCUGUUGGACUAUACACUUGGAACGGCCUAUCAGUUUCUACGACUAUCAUUCCUCGCUUGACUGCGAUUGCAAGCUACGAGGUAACCAUUGUCAAGGGUUAAUGCUCGCCCUAAGUAGGUCUUCUAGUUUUAACGCACCUUUGCUAUCGGAUAUGCAGCUUCGACAAGGCGAAGAAAGCCAGCUUUUUCUACCGCCGGUUCCACUGCCGAUUUUCUGCAUUAAUUGCCCCCGCUUCAGUUGGCAUGGCGGUAACACCGCUAAAAGCUCUCAAUUACGAAGCUAUUUGAAACAACACUAACGAGCAGCACGAAAGCCCGCUGAAGCUCAACGUUAGCUGGUCCUCUCUCCAUUGCGGCCGGCACAUUAGUGCGUUUCAAGUUGUUUUGAGCGAGCGUCCACGCGGUAUGCGUUCGAAAACGUAUAAGGUCGUCCCAUGUCAGUAACGAACGGAAACCUGAAAAGCACAAUUCGACACGGUCUAGUUCCGUUGGGAUAGGGGAUUGGUUGAUGCUGGAGAUUGAAGAGACAAGGUUCGCACGUAUUCGAAAAAAGAAAAACGUGAGAAAGAUAGGCACAGCAGCUAGGAAGAGAAGGGAAGGCUAAGGAAACGGGAACAUUUCGGCAAGAAGCUAGCGGUCGGACGAAGCGGACUCCAUCAGGCCACUUUAUGCACCGUUACUGCUUUUGCUGUUGCCGCUUUUUGAAAGGCGUCCAAGGGUUUGCCAUCCAUCCGGCCUUUUCCUGUGCCACAUACACAAGCUUUCCAUCCACUGCCGUUUCUUUACUGCUAUUUCUACACUAUAUAUACACACAUGUAUUCGCUUUUCGGUUUUCGCUGUGGACGACUGACGCUGUCUGUCCAUGUAAAAUCAAGCUUGUAUUUGACUCAGACACAUGCGCAGGGCUCCUGUGAUAAAUAAACAAGCCUCUUUUUGCGAGCACAAUACGAUAAGCGGCAAUUGAAAGAGUGACAUAUAUACUACUUCCAAAACGCCUCAAGGUUGGGGCGGGUAUCAAGCAAGGGGUUGCUUUCGCCAGCGACAGACCAUCUGGCCCCCAUUAUCACAUGUACGUGGCCGUUACAUUGAUUCCACCGAUUUUCCGCGGUAAUUCUAUUGCUCGUCAAUGCAGCGCUGGCCGAAUCCAAGGAAUACAAUCGGUAGCUGUCUACUGGCGUACUAUAUAUGCGACUGUGCGGCUUCGAGCCAUGACCUUGACGCUUCUUGACACACUACAAUAGUGGGUUGGCUUAUCUUAUUUUCGCCGGAUAUACUCACAAGUUGAGCGUACACGUUAAAGACUAUUUCGGUGGUCAAUUUUGGCAGUCGGCGCUGAAUUCUUCAGUCAGCGACAAACCGCUAGAGUUCAAAAAGAGUUGCAAGCUUCGAAUAUGCGAAAGGAGGCGGAGCAUUAGCCUUGUAUUGAGACAGAUUCAGAAAGAUAAAAGAGUCGUUUAGAAGACUGUGCAUGCAUCUAAUUGCGAUAGAUGCAUCCACGGUUUAGCGCACCCAAAGCAACAACCAUAUGAAAAGCUAAGAUGAAUGAGGACAACUCCGUAUCAAAUUCAGGACUUCUACAGGAUAAGCUUCCAUUAUGACUGAACGGACUCUGCGCGCACAUGCAGUCAUUCACACCGCAGGACCCUUCCUUGCUGUGCAAAUGAAGUUACGUAAAGAUUACGAUAUCCACCUGAAAUUUUGUAUCCUAAUACCAUUGAUGUUCACAUCAAGAUUAUGCGACAUAAUGCAUACAAGGCUCGAAACAUUGUAAACAUGUCUGUUUCUU